UGUUCAUGUUAUUUACACCGGAAGUGAUAUAAGGAGCAGUGCGAGAGAGGAGAGAGACGGGGGAUUUCUAGACGAUGGCCUCCAGGAUGGCAUCACGAUUGACUAAGAUAUGGCCCUCGCUGUAUCAAAUGCGUUUGAGUCCAAUGCAUGGCGCUCGCUUUGUGUCUCAGUCGUCACGAUCGAGUGCAGCCGGGGCUACUGCAGUCACUGAUGUGCAUGACAAAGAUAGCCAUGGACACGCAGAGGUCAACCCGUACGAAGAGAAUCCUGACUAUCAUGGAUUCUCACGGGAUGCCACUGCAGACGCAUGGAACAUGAAGCUAUCUUUCUUUUUCAGUAUUUCGAUUGCUCUGGUUAUUGGCAGUGCUUUUGUACACUACCUACCGGAUCGCGGGCUGAGACAGUGGGCCAGGAGAGAGGCUGAGAGACUGGUGCUGCAGAGGGAAGCUGAGGGGCUGCCCAUCAUGACCGAAAACUACUAUGAUCCCAGCAAGAUUGUCCUUACAUCUGCAGAGGAGGAAUAACUUGUACAUUGCCACAUGUUAGUUGAUGUGUAUUUUCUCUCAAAUGUAAAGUAAAAUGUAAAAUGACAGUAUACUACUGUAAUAAAUUUGUCUGUUAUUA